UCCAACAUGACUCCGGGGGAGGUCUUGUUGCCGAGGGGUUUGACUUUAGAUAAGCGCAUUUAACCAGUUUUACUAAACUUUCUAGUCGUCUCAAAGUUGUCAAAGCGCGCUCUGGGGAGUUGAUGGAGUUGGAAAUUUGACGGAAUCAACAUUACAUACCAGUUCUGAUGCUCUGCUGUAGCCAUGUUCACCAAGAAGAAGAAGCAGCGUAUUCAGAUCUCAGCUCCCUCCAACUUUGAGCACCGUGUGCACACUGACUUUGAUGAGCAGGAGCAGAAGUUUGUGGGGCUUCCUCGCCAAUGGCAGAGCCUCAUCGAAGACACAGCCAAAAGACCCAAACCCUUCAUCGAUGCCACAGUCAUUACCACUGUGGAGCCUCGCAAGGCUAUAGUGCGAGGCAGUAAAAUAGGGGUUGAUGGCUCUCUGACGUGGCUCCUGGAUGAGUUUGAAACCAUGUCAGUGAUCCGUUCAAACUCCCUGCGACGGGGCAGUCCUCCCACACAGCCUCGCAGUGACUCAAGCCCUUCUGGGAUGCAGGAGAAUGGAGAACACUCACACAGACACUAUGAGCAUGCAGGCGAGACUAGAGACAGAGAGAAAAUGCAGCCUGAUUCCCAGAGACCAGCUAAAGGCCACAGAGAAGAUGGGAGGCCAAUGCAGCCCCACGGCCAGGAGCCAAGCAGACACAAAGAGCAAGAACGACCCCCUGGACCUCCCGCCCCACCUCACAGAGAGCGAGACAGAGAUCGUGACCACAGCAACCCAGUGGUCUGGAGGGAAGUGGCCAGUGACAAACGGCCAAAAUCCAGCUACACAAAUCAGGACGAGAGCCCACAGUCCCCGCGAGACAAGAGACCUCUCUCUGGACCAAAUGUUCGAACCCCCAACCUGCCUGUUACAGAGGGGGUGAUGAAGACAGCACAGCAGACUCGGCCAUUUAACACUUACCCCCGCAGUGAAAGUGACUCAGCAAGAAACCCCAGCAGUCAGGACUUGAAACCAGGCAGGACUCAAGACCCGCCCCCGAAUGGCCCAUCCAGUGGGUCAAGCCGAAGUGGGAACAGUGGGGGUAAGGGCUCCUCCCAGCAGCAUCAUGCUUCUCACCCUGCUUUGGGUCCAGAUCCUCCCCACAACCAGCAAUUUCCACCAGCAUCUCGACCCCCUGCACCCCCUGGACCACCACAGCAACCUCAGCGUGUUUCUCAUGAGCAGUUCCGUGCUGCUCUCCAGAUGGUGGUGGAUCCUGGUGACCCUCGCACCUACCUGGAUCACUACAUAAAAAUUGGCGAGGGCUCUACUGGUAUUGUGUGUAUUGCAACAGUUAAGAGUACAGGCAAACUGGUGGCUGUGAAAAAAAUGGAUCUGCGCAAACAACAGCGGCGAGAGUUGCUCUUUAAUGAGGUUGUGAUCAUGCGAGACUAUCACCAUGAGAAUGUUGUGGACAUGUACAACAGUUACUUAGUUGGCGAUGAGCUCUGGGUUGUCAUGGAGUUUCUUGAAGGCGGAGCGCUCACUGACAUAGUCACACAUACUAGGAUGAAUGAAGAGCAGAUUGCCACAGUGUGCCUGUCUGUCCUUAAGGCUCUGUCAGUGCUGCACGCUCAGGGUGUCAUCCACAGAGACAUUAAAAGUGACUCUAUUCUACUUACUCAUGAUGGCAGAAUAAAGCUGUCUGACUUUGGCUUCUGUGCCCAAGUUUCAAAAGAGGUCCAGCGAAGGAAGUCGUUAGUUGGAACGCCAUAUUGGAUGGCACCUGAGCUCAUAUCAAGACUGCCAUAUGGACCAGAGGUGGACAUUUGGUCUCUUGGCAUUAUGGUAAUUGAAAUGGUCGAUGGAGAACCGCCAUAUUUUAAUGAACCGCCACUCAAAGCAAUGAAGAUGAUUCGAGACAACCUACCACCCAAACUGAAGAACCUUCACAAAGUUUCACCACUUCUUAAGGGUUUCCUGGACAGGAUGCUUGUUCGGGACCCUGCUCAGAGGGCCACAGCCCAGGAAUUGCUCAAGCAUCCAUUUCUCUCCAAAUCUGGCCCUCCUUCUUGUAUCGUUCCCCUCAUGAGGCAAAACCGCAUGAGAUGAGUGCAAGAGGGGCAUCCAUUCCACCAGGACCCUCUGCUUUUCUCAAAGCACAGAGCCUUUGAAGGAGGAGGCCUACAGAAAGUCGCAGCUCUGUUCACUUCAAGUUUCAGAUCAAGUGUUUGAAAAGACCAGACUUGCCUCCAAAUCCUAUAAACACUGCUGUUGGCUUGAGCUGAGGCAUUUGGAAAGGACUAAACCAAAAGAAGCCCUGCAAAGACAACACUGAUGAUUUUUACACUAGUUGAAUGAUCACUGGAAACAUGCCAUCUGAGAAUUCAGUGUUCCUCUUUUUCUUAGGAGGGAUUUUGGAGUAUUUUGCAGUUUAAACCAUCUCUCACUGGCUUUGUUUCUGGAUGAAGCAAUUAACCUCUGACUUAAAAUUGUUUAACAUCAGAAACUUUUUGGAGCUGCUGUUUCACCUCCCAUCAUGGAAGCAGUGCUCUGUUUCUAAACUCAAACUUCACCUCCUGCACCAUAACCACUUUCUGACUUCUGGUCAAUUUAAAGAGGAAAUUAACUACUGAAGAGCUAUAUUUUACUUUAUCAAAAGAGAGAGAAAAAACACUAGGCUCCUGUUACAACACUAGACUAGGUAAACACUGGAUGUGUACUCUUAAUUCAGACCCUUUCCACGUUGUUGGGUGUUUGAUUAUACAUAGUCCCAUGUAAUUUUAAUAGAUUUUUAAAAAUAUCUGUUCUAGGUUUGAAGCUGCACUCCUGUUCGUUUUUUUUUAAUCCAACAUCCAAAAAAUGCGUCUUCCCAUUAAAACAGAAUGAAAUGCUGUUAAGGGAUCUCUUUCCAUGUAGCUCAGCACCUCGACAUGCAUUAAGAUGUGAACUGUACACGUGAAGCAUUCUGGACUGUGUGAACUUAGGCUCGGGUGUCAGAUUAAGGCAGAGCAGGUGGUGCUUGUGAAGACUCUGGUAAUUAGAAGAUGAAUUGAAUCAGAAACACGUUGAUAAAUCAAAUUCUGUAGCACUCUAGUUCUGCUUCAGUCCCCUGUUACUAGGGCUAAGUUUGUUAGGGCUAAUUAACAAGGGACAUGAUCUCCAGCAGUUGUUACUUCCCUAAAUUUGAUUGUUCGACAGCUGUUGUCCCUGUGUCCUGCUGCAUAUAAACACUAACAAGACAUACAUAUGGUUAUGUAGCUGCGAGCUGGUAUGAACUUGUAUGUCCUAUUUCAGCACAGGGCUCUGUAAGUAGCUGUGCCUUUGUGCUCUAUUCCUGGAGCUGGGAGCACAUUAGCUUUUGCACCUAGACAGCAACCAAAGAUGUGACCCUCAGAGAGAGAGAGAACUGAGGGAAAGCUACUUUGCUUCACAAAGUGGCGGUUGCUUGUUCCUAUACACAUGCAAAGCCUUCGAGUUGAGGACUGGAUAGACCCUUAAAAGCAAAUUGAUCCGUUAGAAGACGAUUCUGAAGGUUGUGUAUGUCCUUUUUUGGGUGUAAGUGAUUUUCACAGCGUCAGAGGGUCAAUCUGAUGCCAUUUUUUUUAAACAUCUGAUGUAGAAAGUAGAAGGGCUUGAAGAAGUAGCAUUUUAUUGUACAUAAUUUGUGAGAUAUUUUUAAAUUCUUACCUGAUGCCUUAACAUCUCUCAUUCUAAUUGUAGUUACAAAUUCUUUAAAAUAAGAAAUCAACCCAUAUAUAGAUCUAGAGAAAUGUUUUUGUUUUUUUUGUUUUGUUUUUUUUAACUAA